CCACUUUUACACACAAACACAUACUCUCUGUUUGCUGUGCUCUUUUAGCCUCCACCUUGUCUCUCUACAACCUCACUUUCUCUCUCUGAAAAACCUUCCUCAUCAUCCAUGGCCUCUGCUCGUGAAGGACACUACAGAGGAGUGAGAAAGAGACCAUGGGGUCGCUACGCAGCUGAGAUACGUGACCCAUGGAAGAAAACUAGGGUUUGGUUGGGAACUUUCGACACUCCAGAAGAGGCAGCUUUGGCUUAUGAUGGUGCAGCUAGGUCUCUCAGAGGUGCUAAGGCCAAGACCAACUUUCCGGCGCCGGUGACUGCCACUGGGUUGUCUCUUGAUCUUAACUUGCCGUCUGAUCGCCGGUGGACUUCGCCCUCCGGCCGUCUUGUUAUUGGAGAGCUUCUUCAGACCGGUGUGCUUAAAGACGUGGGAUUUGACGGUGCUGACUCUUCUGUGAACAAUGACCGUCGUGUUGCAGUGUCCGGUGAGGUUCCGGUGACGGAAAGUGAAGGUCCGGCGAAGUAUUUUGGGAUUGUGAGACGUGGGUUACCCAUAGACUUGAACGAGCCGCCACCUUUGUGGCUCUGACUGAACAUAAAGGUGUAUGCAUAAUCACGUAACGGCGUCGUUUUGGGCUCCCUAUUCUCUGCUUUUAACCCUUUUUUUUUUCUUCCCAUUUCUGAUGCUAUUUUAUGCUUUGAGAGGGGAGAGAGAGAGAGACAGAGAGAGAUGUAUGUGAAGAUCAUUAUGAAGAAUAUCAUCUCAGUAUAUAUAUUUCUG